UGAGCUUCCUGAGUCGCACUAUAACACUGCUGAGUGUGGCCGACAUUUGGGAGCUAAGAGAAAUAACAGUGUGUGGAAAUGACCGUGUGCAACUUUUUCCUUCAGGGACGGUGUCGAUACGGGGACAAAUGUUGGAAUGAGCACCCGAAAGGAGGAGGUGGAGGUGGAGGUGGAGGAGGAGGAGGAGGAGGUGGAGGAGGAGGAGGAGGAGGAUACAACAACUACAACCGCUCUUCUGCUCAGCAGCCCAGAGGAGGAGGAGGAGGAGGUGGUGGAGGAGGAGGGUUUGGAAACAGAGUUUGGGUGAAUCCUUCCCAACAAAAAGGAGGCUACAUCCAGCCUUCAUCUUUCUCCUCUCAUGGAACUGAGGAGUGGAGUCGAGGAGGAAGUGGAAGCGGAGGAGCUGACUGGGGAAAGGAAGCAGUUGGUGGAGGUGGUGGAGGAAGUGACUGGGGCCGAGGAGGAGGAGGAGGUGGUGGAGGAAAUGACUGGGGCCGAGGAGGAGGUGGAGGAGGAAAUGACUGGGGCGAAGGAGGAGGAGGAGGAGGAGGAGGAAAUGACUGGGGAGGAGGAGGAGGAGGAGGAGGUGGAGGGAGGCGUGAUAACGUGAAGAGCUCUGAGUAUAGCUUCUCUGCUCAAAACCGUUUUUCAGCGCUUGAUACUCCCAGCACCUUUGACAGGGGAGGAAGAGGAGGAGGAAAGCAGGUGCCGGUUGGCGAGGAUGAUGAUGACAAAAAACUGGAGAUCAUUCAGGCGGACAUGGAUGUUUGGGAGAGUUCCGGGCAGUGGGGCUUCUCAUGUUAUUCCAACUCCAAGGCGCCUUUAUCUGGUUUCACUGAUCUUUCUCCAGAAGAGCUCCGACUGGAAUAUUACUCCACAAGAGCGUCAGGAGAUCUUCAGGGAUAUGUUAACGGUAUCACUCAGUUGCUCAACCAGUGGAGAAGCAGAGUCCAGGAACUGAAGGUUAUGAAUCCAGCCACCCGUGCUGCUUUGCUCGCAGAGUUAAACAACCCAGCACCUCAGGCCUCUUCUGGUGGCUUUGGUUUAGCUACAUUGACUGGAUUUGGAUCGACUACAACCAGCCUGGAAAGCAACGGCUUCGGGGCUCCAGCACCGGCCCAGGCCAACUCCUUCAACUUUGCCGCUCCAACUGGAGGAUUUGGAUCUUUAACUGCACCACCCCCUGCCACAGGUUUUGGAAAUGCCUUGGCAGCUCCUACACAACCUCCCUCUGGAUUUGGAGCCACUUCUCCAUCUACUUUCUCCUUUGCUGCUCCGACCACCAAUCAGCCAGCAGCAACUGCAGAAUUUGGCUCUGCCUCACAGUUCAGUUUCUCCUCAACAUCAAACACUGGGGGAGGAUUUGGGAGCGGUUUUGGUGCCACAGCACCUGCGGCAGCGGGAAGCGGCAGUAUUUUUGGAGCAGUAAGUGGAGGGUUUGGGGCGACCGCUGCUCCACCUGCAGCAGGAGCCGGGUCUGCGGGUGGAGCAUCAGACAGUCUGUUUUCACACGAGGGCAAUAUGACUGCAGAGGAACUGAAUCAGUACAAGGCUAAGAGGUUUACUCUAGGCCAGAUUCCUUUAAAGCCUCCCCCUGCUGACAUGCUGGUGGUAUGAUGGAAGGGAUUUUUGAAAUAUAAUAAGUUAAUUUAUAGGAACAUAAAGAUUUUGCUGUAUCGUGCUUCUAUUCAAACCGAAGUCAUUAUAGUCAUUGUAAUGAUAUGGAUAAUGUUUAUGCAGAGCUUGAUGUUCAGCUGUUUAAUACACAUUUUGUACUACAUUUUCAGAUGGCCUGUAAUCAUGUAAAGUACUGUUUUCAAUUGAUUGAAUAUAUCGUAAGGAAUUUUCUGAACUGGUUUUCUAACUUUUUUACCUUUUCCCAUUUGGUGAAAUACUGGCAGUAAACCAUCAGUUGAUGAUUGAAGUUUCUAAAGGUUUUGUUUGCAUGCCUUGAAUUUGGUUGGUCACUUUUAUCUGCACAGCAAAUCAGACAUAAUAAAUGUCCUCAUACCUAGAAAAGUAUUUUACUGAAUUAUUCCUUAUAGAAUAUCCUUUCAUCAUAUACAGU